GUUCUGAUUCCGUAAUGCUUUUUUUAGUGUGUCACAAAACAUCUCGCCCUCCUGCAUAGAAGUGUCCGAAUCAUCCUGUAUGGCUCUGCAGAGAGAUAAAACAUAAUACCAUUCAAACUACGGCACAGUCUUCACAAAAUUAGAAAUAAUUCACUUCACAAUUAAUUACGUGCUAAUAUCUAUUUAAUUGACUUUUUGUACCAAUUAUAAUUAUACUUUAUGCACAAAUUACCUUUUUUUGUCCUCAACUGCGUAAAUUCAACUGCGCACAAGACCUGCUGCGUUGACCGAUGGAUACAGACUAUAUAGAAAAGAACAAUACAAUAAAAGCCUAUUUCAUAAACAUUUAAAAGGCUUUUAAAUUUUUAAAUGACGUUUUUUUUGUAUGAUCAAAAUAUUUAAGGGGCUUUAUGAAACUGGCCAUAAAUGUAUGAAAAAAGUGUCCCGGUCAAAUUCGAUAAAAUUUUGCAACAUUUAUAACAUUAUGCUGAUCAAAAAAGUAUAUAGGCGAAGCCCCUAACAGAUUCCGAGUGGAAAUGAGUGGGAGGGGUAGCUAUCCAAAAAAAUUGACCUUACUUAGAAAAAAAUUAUUAAAAAAUCAACAGUUACACUCACAAUGACGUGCUAUACAAAUCCAAUAACGUCUACUUUUAUAUUUUGACUAAAUAAAUCUGUUUUAAGAAAUAGUUUUUGAAAAUUUUAUUUUCAAAACCAAAAUUUUGAAUAAAAAAAUGCAAAAAGUAAUUUUGAACAGAUUUUUUCAAAUUAUAUGCAAUUAAGGAUGCUGUAACGGCAUUGUAAAUAAAAAAUAGUCUCAAACAACAAAUAUAAUUUUGUGUCCUUAGCUUUUUAAGACUAAAGCAAAAACCACAUUUUUUUAGAGACCGAACAGAAUUUCCCAAGCAUCAUAAAAUAAAUUAGUUUUCUCCUAAACUUUUAAAUAAUUUGUAUCGUUAUUAUUGUGUUCUUAAUGCGAAUAAAUUAAUAAAACACUAUGAUUACCUAAUUGCUUGUGCCUCUGGGCGACCGACGGCGCGACGGCCCCACCUUAAAACCGUCCCUGAUUGCUGAAAGCGCAAUUGGCAAACCUUAAAUGGGAUAUGCUGAAAUAACUAUGGGUAAAGACAUAUUGUAAUCAAGUUAAAAAAUUAUAGUAAAUAUUUUGUACGGGUUAGAGUUAUUCCAGUCUAAUUGAAUUUUGUUAAGGAGUAAAACUCGUAAUUGUAUAAUUAUUUGUAAACAAAAACAUGCUAUAGAUUAACUUAUCUAUGAUAUUUGUAAUGUUAAUUGUAAUUUUUUUGAAAGUUUUUUUUUCUUGCUUAAUCCGUGGAAACAGAUUUCAAGGUUAAUUUCAAACAUGUUAAUAUUUGAUGGAAAAGUAAACACAAAAUAUUUUAUAAUGUAAUUUUAACUUUAAUUUUUCAAAUAUAAAAUUAUUUCUUUUUUUUAUAAAAUUUGUGUAUCAAACAAUUAUAUGUGCGCUGUGCAGUCAACACAAACAGCAACAACACUCAAAAACGAUCAAAUUUGGAGCGAAAAACUGUAUCGAGCAUCCACAACCCAAAAUCACAUUCUUCGGCCAUCUGUAUCAGCUGGCUCACUAUAUCAUCAAACGACAGUUAUGAAUAAGCAUGGCUUAGGUGGAGAAUUACUUGAUACAUGUCAACGUCAUCAACGUGAUUUGUUUUCCGGUGAUCUUGGCAUACCAAAUAUCAAUACUCAUGUUGGUUCUGUUGUUCAUACUUUCGAGACAUUAGCCAUGCUCCGUCGUCAAAAUCAUCACAGUCCUGUAAUAACAGUUACAUCUAGUGGCACUUCCAGUAGAAUGCCCGUAAUGGAAAAUAUUUUCUCAUCAAGGGUUUAUAAAACCUCACGACAGGAGUGCUCUAAAAUACCAGAAUUUAAUGAUGAUAUUGAAAAUGACUAUCGGAAAAGACAAUUUGACACCAUGCCAAGUAUGAGCAGAUUGAAUGGCAUCAAAAACUACCACACCAAAGAUUUCAAUAAUGAAGACCGCAUUGUAAACAAUGCAUUUAAGGAUAUUUUUAUCGGCUAUAAUUGUGACGAAGAUGAUGUCAAAACUGGUCCCUCAAAUAAUAGUCGAGCGCCCCGUAACCGUAAGGCUGCAUCUCCGGUACCACCAACAACGCAGCCGGUCAACGCCAACGCGAGAUCGCAACCAAAGAACCCAAUUUCUCCACCAAAACCUAUCAAAAGUUUACCGAAUACCAUUUUUGAUCGCAUUAAAUGUUCAAACAAAACAAAAUCCUCUAUUAUUUUAAGCAAUAUACACAUGCAACCGAGAGCUAUACACAGGUAUUUCAAACAAUUGCAUAUCCAUAGUAUCGGAAAAGAUGAUUGUAAAUGCAACAAUGAUGAAGAUCUUACACACCAGAAUGAUUUCCAACCUGGAAAAACAAUUAGACAAUCUUUUAUCACAAAUCCUGUAAAAGGUACAAUUCGUGAAAAUUUUAGACUGAAGUCACCGGUUGUUACCCAACAACAAUCCUCUAUGCCUUUAGAUUCAUUACAACCACCAUCUAAAAAGUUAAAUAAAAACUCAUUAAAAAAGAACAAAAUGGGUUUCUUCACAAUGCGAUCCAAGUCAUCAAUUCAACUUUUGUUAGAUGACUUUGAACCCAAGUCAGAGAAAUGUAAUCGUCAUCAUCAAGACCGAAAAUCAAGUCAAAAUGCUGCGGGAAGUGGUUAUGAUAAAGUAGCUCCACAUAUUGAACAAUCUUACAACUUAGGUAGCGAUCAUUACCAAAGUUUCCCACCUUCCGUCGACAGCAUUCCAUGCAACUUUACUCAGUUCCCUCACAAGAAUGAUUUUCGAUUGAAAAGAGGUUCAUCGCAUACGAGUUCAUAUUCAUUUCACCCAUGUGAUAGCGCAGAGAUUUGAACAUUCCAAAAGAAACAUUUUUUUAUUGCUUGGAGAAACGAUGUUUUUUGUAUACUUUUACAACGUUCGGCUACCAUUUUACCUAACACAAAAGCCAUUGGCGCUUUGGGCGGCAGAGGCAGGUAACUACAAAUUUGUUUGGUUUUGGAUUUUAAAAGAGGAACUAACAUACAGGGUGAUUCAGGAGGAAUGUGCCAAAAAGCUGGAGCGUAAAGAUUGGAUCAAGACAAGAAAAAAUUGUAUAGGAGGGGUGAGGGGGGUCGAUUCCCCCUCGUUUACCGGGGAGGAGCAAUUUAAAAAAUUGACUCAAUUUGAAAAGAAAAACUAUUAAAAAUCAACGGUGACACCUACAAUAACAUUUUUGUAAAGCCAAAAACCUCGUCUUUAAUUGAAUCGUCAGUUUUAUGAACGGAAUAAGUCCACUUUUUUCGAAAUUGACUUUUUGAUAAAAAUGUUAUCUUUAGGCGAGAUAAAUCUCCUAAAAUGAAAAAAAAAAAAAAAACAAAGAAGUUACAGGGCUUGAAAAA